UUUCUGUGUUUUGCUUGUGACUGCGAUUUUGUUUUUGCUUCUUUCUUUGGAGAGGAAGGCAGGAGAGAGAACUAUGCAGCAUUUACCGGUUAAAAGCAACCUUCUUCAUUCAGGUUCAGAGACGACCAACAUUGUCUUUCGAGGUGAUGAGCAGCCCCUUUGCCCGAAACCUCGCCGCCUUGGACCUCCCAUUCCUGAGUUUCUCAAGCCCCUCAGAUGCAGCAAGCACAGCCAACCCAAUACUGAUGGGAGAAGUGGAGUUCUGAACAUGAUCGCUGAGAAGACAGGUGAUGGAAGAGAAUCAGUAGCAUGCACCGGCUGCUCUCCAUCCUGUUAUUCAGGUUCACCUCCGGGGAGAACAGGUAAUCCCUUGGUUCACGACGUGCACUUCAUUCAUCAAAUGGAGCUUCUUUCGCCCUUCACUCGAACUAAGCUUUCAGAUAAAUUUGGCAUCACCUCUGCCUCUCCCGUUUGAGCAUCAGAAAUGGUCCACAGCAGAAAGCCCGGAUUUCUUGCAGUGGAAGCACCCUUCUUUUGUGGGGUUUUUUUUGGUAUCCUAACUUUAGUACUACCAUGCCUUCUUUUUCUAAUGUAAUUGUGGGAUUUUUUCUUUGUAAAUAUCAUAAGUUGAAUGGUAUCAGAGUAUCAGAUGUGCCUUGUACAUAUAUAA